AUGGACUCGAGUGAAGGCGGGAGCAACAAUUUUGAGACUUCUCAUCUAAAAUAUCUUGACGAGGACGCAAAAUUGCCACCGAUUGUUGUAGAAUCGAUAGGAAAACGUAACGAAAAGCUACCACCAAUCGACGAUUCUCACCAGGAGGGUGAAGAAAGGACAGGCGAUGUCGUUAGUUCAACAGGAGCCGUGCUGACUCUCUCGAAAGCCAUGUUCAACACCGGUUGUUUCUCUCUACCGUACGCUUGGAAACGUGGUGGUUUGUGGGUCUCUUUCAUCACCUCAAUUCUUGUUCUCUGCUUUAAUUGGUAUGGCAAUCACGUUCUCGUCAAGUCGAGCCAGCAUCUAGCGAAAAAAUCUACUAAGCACGACGCCUUGGACUACGGGCAUCUCGCGCAAAAAGUCUGUCAAUACUCCGAGCACAAACUGUUACGAGGUAUCGCUAAACCGGUUACCUACUUUGUCAACGCAACAAUACUGUUUUAUCAACUUGGACUUUGCAGCGUGUCGGUGUUGUUUAUUUCGGUGAACAUGGUUAAUCUCGGCGGCAGGUAUCUCGGCUCGACGAAAAACGAGCAAAUGUUCAUCGCUUGUACGAUUUGCCUGCCUUUUCUGAUACUCGUAAAUAUGUUCACAAGGAUGAAAGUCAUUGCAUAUUUUGCUAUGACGUCAGCGAUUUUCUUUGCCGUUGGCAUCGUGAUGAUCUUGCAGUAUACCGUUCGACAACCGAAUCAAUUCGACCAACUGCCGGCAAGUAGCGACUUUACCGGAACGGCGACAAUGAUUGGAAUAUUGAUGUACGCGUUUGAAGGACAAACUAUGAUGUUACCCGUUGAAAACAAGCUCAAGCAUCCAGAAGCGUUUCUCGCGAAAUUCGGUGUCCUCUCGACAACAAUGCUCAGCUGUGGCUCCGCGAUGACAGCUAUCGGCUUCUUGGGGUACACAAGUUUUGGUGACCAAAUAGCCCCAUCGAUUACGAGCAAUGUGCCAAAGGAGGGGCUUUACUCGGCGGUGAACAUCUCUCUGAUGAUUCAGACACUUAUUGUGCAUUCGAUUGCUUUAUAUGUCAUCAUCGAUGUUUUCUAUUCUGGUUUUUCAAAAGCAAUUAACGAGCGUUGCCCGAGGAUUCCUGAAAUCGUGUUGGACAAAGGAUUCAGAUUGUUUUGGGUUUUGGUCACGUAUGGAAUGGCUAUCGGCAUUCCGCAUCUCGAAAUCAUGAUCCCAUUGGUUGGAGUCACAUCGGGGACUCUUUGUGCCCUCGUCUUUCCUCCCCUCUUCGAGAUGAUGACUUUUUGGGAUGAGUGGAAGAACUCAAUGUCCUCUCUCAUGCGUGGCAUCAAAAUUUCGUGGAAUUGUUUUUGCAUUUUCAUUGGAGUGGCCGCGAUCGCCGCCGGUGUCUACUCAAAUGCUAUCGCGCUUGUCGACGCCUUUUCUGAAGGCAAAAAGACG